UCGCUUUCGUUCAAUGUCGGACACUACUGACACUGACGUGAAAGAAGUCCCUCAUCCGAGCGUUGAUAACGACGAGAAACGAGUUCCUCACGGGAAGAGUACUUUCCAUGUGUUCCGAGAGAACAGCCAUUUGAUACUUAAACUUGGCUCUGGCUUCUUUGCUGACGCGUACGACUUAUUUGUCAUUGACAUCGUUUUGGCCAUAUUGCAAGAGCUUCAGAACGAGGAUCCAGAGGGCAUCGGCCUCACACAAGAGACGAAGGGUCUCAUCGCUGCCGCUACAUCGGCUGGUGCUGUACUUGGCAUGAUCUUUUUCGGUGUACUCGGCGACUAUGCUGGUCGACGUGUGUCUAUCAUUUGCACAGGAUCUCUCGUUGUUCUCGGUUCGAUCGCCUCCGCAUGUGUGCAGCGCUCAGAAGUGUUUUCCCUGGCCUAUCAACUUUGUAUUUGUCGUCUCGUUCUGGGCUUUGGUAUAGGUGGGGAAUACCCUCUAUCAGCAGCUAUGGCUUCAGAAAGGGCCUCCAGUGAAGUUCGUGGUCGAGUGGUUGCUGGUGUUUUCUCUAUGCAAGGUCUUGGCAUGAUCGCUGCCUCUAUCUUACCGCUCAUUUUCCUCUAUGCUGGAGCAUCGUUACCUUUAACGUGGCGCUUUCUACUAGGCAUAGCCGUUCUGCCCAGCGCUGUAGCGCUCUACUUUAGAUUUGGCCUGAAGGAAUCUUCGGCUUUUCAUCAAUCCCGGCAACGAGCCCCUGCGAACUUCGGCUCUCGAAUCAAAUCGGUGGCAACUACUAUUUUCGCUGUAUCCGUACCGUUACUCGGUACCUCUUUAUCGUGGCUAUUUAUGGAUAUUACUUUUUACGGGACGGGCGAGUUCAAGCACGCCGUUGCUGACUCACUUUUCCCGAGUGCAAAUGUACAUAGUAAAGUAAUCGAUGCGUCCAUAUUUGCUAUGAUCAUAUCGUUUAUCGCCUUACCUGGAUACAUAUGUGCCUGUCUAUUCAUAGAUAGAUUGGGUCGGUGGACUCUUCAAGUUCUGGGUUUCUGUAUGAUGGCAGUCUUUUAUUUGGUCAUGGCCAUCUGUAUACAGUUUAAUGCCAAUGCAUAUCUCAACUUGGUGGUUUUUGGUGUUACUUUCUUUUGGACCAACUUCGGCCCAAAUACGACAACAUUCAUCAUUCCCUCGGAGAUUUUCCCUACACAAGUAAAGACGACAUGCCAUGGUUUCUCCGCGGCUAUGGGUAAAGUUGGUGCUAUCAUUGGCGCUUAUUCGUUCCCGACUCUACAAGCAAAAGUCGGCCUCUUUGGUGUGAUGUAUGUCUGCGCUGUUAUUGCAGCUGUGGGUCUGGUGUCGACUCUCGUAUUCCUGAAGAAAAGUGUGGUGAAAAAUGGCGUCAAGCUCUAG